AUGUCUACCCGGAACAUCUGCAUCACCGCUGCCGACGGCAACACCGGCUUCCUCAUUGCCGAAUUGAUCCUCACCGACGACACGUUCAAGACCAAGGUCGACUCGCUCAGCGUGCUGGCCCUCCACCCCACCUCCGGAAGGGCCAAGGAGCUGGCUCAAUUGGGUGCCAAGGUAAUCCCCCACAAGCCCGGGCGCAUGCGGGACAUGGUCACCACUCUGCAGCAGUCUGGCUGUGAUACCAUCUGUCUCAUCCCACCAGCCCACAAGGAAAAGUAUGACAUCACCGUCGAGCUGGCCAACGCUGCCAAAAAGGCAAAUGUCCCCAAUGUCCUCUUCAUCAGCUCGGCCGGUUGCGACCUCGCCGAGCGCGACAAGCAGCCUCACCUUCGCCAGUUCAUCGACCUGGAAACACUGGUCUUGAGCGCCAAAGGGGAAGGCUCCACCCCCCUGGGACAUUCCCCUUGCGUCAUCCGUGCUGGUUUCUAUGCCGAGAAUCUCCUCACCUACGCGCCGCAAGCCCAGAAGGAGGGAAUCUUGCCCCUCCCCAUUGGUUCCAACCACCUCUUCGCCCCCGUCGCACUUGGCGACAUCGCCCAGGUGGCAGCCCAUGUCCUCACAGGCAAAGGCAAGAACGGUUUCGACGACCGUCACCGUGGUCAGCUCAUGGUACUCACCGGUCCCAAGCUCUGCACUGGCAGUGAACUGGCAGCUGCCGCCUCCCAAGCUCUCGGUGUCGACAUGAAGUUUGAAGACAUAUCCGAGGCUGAGGCGAGGAAGGUUCUCAAGGCUCAGAGCGAGAGUGACCCGAGCGAGCUUCUGUACCUUCUCGAAUACUACAGCCUGGUUCGUGAGGGCAAGACCAACUACAUUUCGACGACUGCUUUUGUCAAUGUCACCGGAAAUUCCCCGCAGGAACCCGAGGACUUCUUCAAGGUGUAUGCUGAAUCCUUCAAGCCCAAGAGCAGCGAGAAUGGCCAUGCCUCCAAGAAGAGGAAGGCUUAGCGGGAAUGGAACAAGUUGGGUCACAGCGAGCGUGACGAGAUGAACAAGUGUCUUACACGUUACUAUGGCCCGGAUCGGCGUUCGCUUGGCGUUGGAUUUCCGGUAUAUGCAUUACCACACGUUGGCUAACCGCCUUGCUUAAAGCCUCGUCUCUCACCAUUCAGCGGACUUGGGACAAAAUAGUGGCCUGUACGUAUACAUGUACUACUAGUUGGAGAGAAUGGACCGGGGCUUGCAGUUCUCCUUGCCGCGUUACAACGAGUUUUGCAUGUCCAUAAAUACAUCUUGGGAAACCGAGCUAGUCCAUAGUGACUCGGUCGUCAACCUGGACGUCAGAGUUACCAGCAAUUGUGAAUCAGGGCAUCAUGUGUAUACACCUGCGAAAGGCACUCGGCCCUGGACCCUUAUCCUGCCAUUUUAUUGAGUAUUAACCCCCUUCCAUCCCUGUAUCUCGUCCAAAGUAAGCAC